AUGCUACAGAUGUCGGUCCUCAGCCCCAAGCUCGCGAUACUGGACGAGAUAGACUCCGGGCUCGACAUCGAUGCGUUGCGAGACGUGGCAGAUUCCAUCGAGAGGGUGCGGAAGCAGGAGACCUCCACCUCGAUGCUGGUCGUGACGCAUUUCGAGCGCUUCCUGAAGUACAUCGACGCGGACUUCGUCCACGUGAUGUACAGAGGGCGGAUCAUCAAGAGCGGCGGGAAGGAGCUUGCAGACAAGCUGGACCGCGAGGGUUACGACUGGGUCAUCGCCGAAGCGGCGAGUGAGGCCUAG